UCCAGAACGCGCCAAAGUUUAGAAGGACUCGCUUGUAUUAUCACGGAUACUCCUGUCUAGACAUUCAUAGCGGGUGUUUGUAAAUAUACCAACAGUAUAAAUAAACAACCUGCAUCAGAUGGGACAGCUUCAACACUGAUAUAGGUGACUCCUAAGGUCAGAUCAUGGCUGUGCCUUUUGUUAAAGACUGGGAUGUGGUGCAGACCCUUGGAGAGGGGGCGUAUGGAGAGGUGCGACUGCUGGUCAACAAGAAGACAGAAGAGGCCGUGGCGGUGAAAGUUGUGGACAUGGCAAAAGCCAAGGAUUGUGUAGAGAAUGUGAAGAAGGAGGUUUGCAUAUGCAAGAUGCUUUCACACCCAAAUAUCGUACGUUUCUUUGGGUACAGGAGUGAGGGGACGACACAGUACAUCUUCCUGGAGUACUGUAGCGGAGGAGAGCUCUUUGACAGAAUCGAGCCAGAUGUUGGGAUGCCAGAAAAGGAGGCGCACAGGUUUUUUCAGCAGCUAGUAGCUGGUGUGGAAUAUCUUCACAGUGUUGGGAUUACACAUCGUGACAUAAAGCCUGAGAAUAUUCUUCUUGAUGAUAAAGAUAAUUUGAAGAUUUCUGAUUUCGGACUGGCUACCAUGUUCCGCAACCGUGGCCGGGAGCGGGCGUUGACCCGUCUGUGUGGCACUCUGCCCUAUGUUGCCCCUGAGCUGAUGUCACGCUCAGCAUUCCACGCUCAACCUGCGGACACUUGGGCUUGUGGCAUUGUGCUCACGGCAAUGUUAGCUGGAGAGUUACCAUGGGACCAGCCGAGUGAAAACUGUCAGGAGUAUUUGGAUUGGCUAGAGAAGAAAAUCUACCUCACACCCUGGAAGAAAAUUUAUGCUGUUCCACUGAGUCUGCUAUCUAAGAUAUUACUGCAUAAUCCAGAGGACAGGUUCACCAUUCCAGAAAUUAAGAAACACCGCUGGUUUAGCAGUAGUUUCAAAUCAGCAGUAAAACGACAGAGUGAAACACCAGAAAACAAGAUGCAUAGGGCUGACUCUGAGCUCUCACAGUUGAGACGAAAAAACAGUGAUGAAAGAGCACAGAUCUCCAGCUCUCAGCCUGAGCCGCAGGGAUUGUGGGAGGAGAAGGAGGUUACGGUGCACACUGAUGUCAGUGUCAGCUUUUCACAGCCUGCCUGUCCUGACCACAUGCUGCUGGGCAGCCAACUGCUUGGCACACCGGGUGCCAGCCAGAGCCCAUGGCAGCGGUUGGUGAGAAGGAUGACCAGGUUCUUUACUACGGUAAAGGCAGAACCAUCUUGCAUUGCUCUCCGUGAUGCCUGUAUUGCUAUGGGUCACACAUGGAAACAGAGCUGCACCAAUCAGGCGACAGUGUCCACAAUGGAUCGUCGCAAUAACAAGUUGAUCUUCAUAGUGCACUUCCUGGAAAUGGAGGAACGCAUUUUAGUAGAUUUCCGUCUGUCAAAGGGCGACGGUUUGGAAUUCAAGAGGACAUUCCUGAAACUAAAACAGAAGCUGGCUGACAUUAUUAGUAACCAAAAGGUUUUGCCUUUGAAUUGAUGCGUCCACAUUUUUACAUGCAAAGUCUGCUUUCACACAUGUGUACAGAGGUACACUAAGUUUUAUGAUCGGGGAACGUGUUUAGAUUUAUGUUGUAGUUGUAUAUGUCUGUUUUUCUGAUUUGUGUAUGAAGGAUUGAGGAGAAGCUAUUCAUUCGUGGUCCGUUACUUAUUAAGAGAGGGUUUAAUUUCUGCCCCUUAAAAAGAUGUGAGAUUCUGAAUGUGAAAAACAAAAUUGAAAAUAAAUCUGUCAUUAAUCAUGCUGUUUGGCUCAGUCAGCUGUUUAAAUUAUAAAAUGUAGAAAGGAAAAAAUGUAAAGAUCUUUUUUUGGAGCAUGUAACAUGACCAUAGUGCAACUUGCUUUAGACAGUUCAAUGUCUAGAGAGAAUUAAAUAAACACCAGUAAUGUUC